UGUUUCCAGAUUCUUUGUUGCCUCUAAACGGUUCCCAUUCCGGCAAGUCAGUUUUACAUAUUCAAUUUAUCUGAUUCUUCUUUCGACGAAACGCCUCAUCGUCAAUUAACCCUUCCUAGAUCCUCCUAUAUAUAUGGUGGGUUCUCAUUUGUCUUUAUAAUUUUUUCGAUCCUCUGCGACGCCGAGAUCGUUGUCAUCGUCUUCUCCAGCACCGGCAAAGUUUACGAUUUCACUAGCAGAAGUUGGAUAAUAAUACCUUGCAUGGUUUGCAUCAUUAACUCAUGAUGUUGGAAUCGUUUUGAAACGUGUGUUUGUGAUCAGGUUCUCCAUCCUUAUCUUCGUUUUUGUGUUAGGUUCUGUCUGUUGUUGGGAUUCUAAAAGAUGAAGUGGAUCUGAUGGUGUCUGUGAUGAAAGCUAAGAAGGGGUCGUCUGCUGACAUUGGAGGUUUAGAAGCUCAGUUUCAGGAGAUUAAAGAAGCUGUUGAGUUGCCUCUAACUCAUCCUGAGUUGUAUGAAGAUAUUGGUAUUAAACCGCUCAAGGGUGUGAUUUUGUAUGGUGAGCCAGGAACUGGGAAGACACUGCUUGCUAUGGCGGUGGCUAACUCUACAUCAACUACUUUCUUGAGAGUUGUUGGUAGUGAACUGAUUCAGAAAUAUUUGGGAGAUGGUCCCACGCUUGUGAGAGAGCUUUUUCAGAGUUGAUGAUGAUCUUUGCUAUCAAUCGUUUUCAUACAUGAGAUUAACAUGCUUAUUACCAAAAAAAAAGAUUCCUGAAAAGUACAAUCCGGCCACUUGGAUGCUUGAAGCUAGCUCCCUUGCCGCCGAGUUGAAACUUGGAGUUGACUUUACUGAGCUAUAC